AUGCUCACGGUCUUUACGGUCACCGAUAUUGCCACCGAUGUUGUGAUCAUGAUUAUGCCUAUUGCUGUUAUCUGGAGGCUGCAGCUACCUUUAGAAAAAAAGGUUGGCUUGCUAGGUAUAUUCAUGUUAGGUCUUUUGUACGUUUCCUUUUCUCAUACUGCUCAGGUUUCCAUACUCCAUGUCAUUGUUAAGCUGACUAGCUUCUUCAGCACAAUCGGAGCUGGUAUUGCCAGGAUGUACAUCUAUCUGGUGACUUCAUAUGAUAAAAAGGACAAUCCCGACUUCAUUGCUGGCUUCACUCUAUUUAUACUCUGGUCGGCUAUCGAACUGAAUGUGGCGAUGAUUGUCUGCUGCAUGCCAGUUUGCGGACCCGUGAUUGCCAAGAUCCGAGACAGCUUUAAGGGACUUGGACACAAGAAUGCCAGCUAUCCUUCCUAUGGGAGGGAGGAGGAUUGUCUCACAGAAAGAUCAAAGAGCUUCAAUAAGUCAAGUGCUUCAUAUGAGAUGGGAACUUAUCGCACAGCUAUCGCCACCCGACAUCCUUUGGACCCUGAAGAUAUCGAAUGUCAGCUAGAAACUCCUGCUGCUAUCGUUGUUCGUACCCAGUUUUCCAAUACUUGGAAAUCUUCCUAG